AUGGACAGACUGGGAGUGGGAAGAUGGACAGACUGGGAGUGGGAAGAUGGACAGACUGGGAGUGGGAAGAUGAACAGACUGGGAGUGGGAAGAUGGACAGACUGGGAGUGGGAAGAUGGACAGACUGGGAGUGGGAAGAUGGACAGACUGGGAGUGGGAAGAUGGACAGACUGGGAGUGGGAAGAUGGACAGACUGGGAGUGGGAAGAUGGACAGACUGGGAGUGGGAAGAUGGACAGACUGGGAGUGGGAAGAUGGACAGACUUGGAGUGGGAAGAUGGACAGACUUGGAGUGGGAAGAUGGACAGACUGGGAGUGGGAAGAUGGACAGACUGGGAGUGGGAAGAUGGACAAACUGGGAGUGGGAAGAUGGACAGACUGGGAGUGGGAAGAUGGACAGACUGGGAGUGGGAAGAUGGACAGACUGGGAGUGGGAAGAUGGACAAACUGGGAGUGGGAAGAUGAACAGACUAGGAGUGGGAAGAUGGACAAACUGGGAGUGGGAAGAUGGACAGACUGGGAGUGGGAAGAUGGACAGACUGGGAGUGGGAAGAUGGACAGACUGGGAGUGGGAAGAUGGACAGACUGGGAGUGGGAAGAUGAACAGACUAGGAGUGGGAAGAUGGACAAACUAGGAGUGGGAAGAUGGACAGACUGGGAGUGGGAAGAUGGACAGACUGGGAGUGGGAAGAUGGACAGACUGGGAGUGGGAAGAUGGACAGACUGGGAGUGGGAAGAUGAACAGACUGGGAGUGGGAAGAUGGACAGACUGGGAGUGGGAAGAUGGACAGACUGGGAGUGGGAAGAUGGACAGACUGGGAGUGGGAAGAUGGACAGACUGGGAGUGGGAAGAUGGACAGACUGGGAGUGGGAAGAUGGACAGACUGGGAGUGGGAAGAUGGACAGACUGGGAGUGGGAAGAUGGACAGACUGGGAGUGGGAAGAUGGACAGACUGGGAGUGGGAAGAUGGACAGACUGGGAGUGGGAAGAUGGACAGACUGGGAGUGGGAAGAUGAACAGACUAGGAGUGGGAAGAUGGACAAACUGGGAGUGGGAAGAUGGACAGACUGGGAGUGGGAAGAUGGACAGACUGGGAGUGGGAAGAUGGACAGACUGGGAGUGGGAAGAUGGACAGACUGGGAGUGGGAAGAUGGACAGACUGGGAGUGGGAAGAUGGACAGACUGGGAGUGGGAAGAUGGACAGACUGGGAGUGGGAAGAUGGACAGACUGGGAGUGGGAAGAUGGACAGACUGGGAGUGGGAAGGUGGACACUCUCCGUCUGCCCACCUUCACACUCCACUCUGCCCACCUUCUCACUCCCUGUCUGCCCAUCUUCCCACUCCCAGUCUAACCACCUUUCCACUCCCCAUCUGCCCACCUUUUCUCUUCCCGUCUGCCCACCUUUCCUCCUUCCCCCUCCCAUUCCCCCUUUCUCCAUCCCCUCCCUAAACCCUCUCCUCCCUCUCUUGUGA